UCACUUUGGUGGGGGACUAUAAUUGGUGAUAAAAUUAUAACAAGCUAUUUAUAUUUUCAAUAACUUUACGGAGUUGUCAAUGAUUGGGAAAUGUAGUUUCUUACAACAAUUUUUAAUAUAAAAUAAUUUCCAAUUUAUUGCAUAUUAUAAUUAUCUAAACUUCGUAGAAAGAUAGAUGGUAAUUAAAUUAAUAUCAGUGGUUGUUAAGUGACACUAUUGAAAAAAAAGAGAGUUUAAGUGAAUAAAAUGUCUCAUUUGCCGUUUUUUAUAAAAGGGGAAGUAGUAAAAGGAUUUGGAAGGGGUUCAAAAGACCUUGGAUGUCCAACAGCAAAUUUUUCUCGUGAAGUUAUUAAAUGCCUGCCAAAAGAUUUUAAAAGUGGUGUAUAUUGUGGAUGGGCACAAGUGGACUCACAACCAGUCUAUAAAAUGGUUGUAAAUAUUGGAUGGUGUCCUGUUUAUCAAAAUGAGGACAUGUCUGUGGAGACACAUAUCAUGCAUGAAUUUGAGAGUGACUUCUACGGAUCAACUCUAAAAAUUUGUAUAACAGAAUAUUUGAGACCAGAAAUGAAUUUUACCUCUCUAGAUGGUUUAAUAAAACAAAUUAGUGUGGAUAUAAAUAAUGCACAUCAGAAGCUAGCAUUACCAGAGUUUGUCAAACUCAAGAGCCAUGAGUUUUUUAGCAAUGAUAAUAAUUAGUAUAAUUUUAUAUGGUGACUAAGUACUUUAUGUAUGAUGACUAUAACACAAAUUAUAUUUAAUGUUAGAUCAAUUGUUUAGCUAUAUUGUUGAUAAUUUUAUUUAAUGUAUGUAAUAUUAUACUACAAUGAAUUCCACAUUGUGAUAUUUUUAUAGAAUAUUUAACUUGUUGAAUAAAGCCUU